UUUUGACUCUGUUUUGGUAGUGGGAACAAGCUGUGAUUAAAAUCAUUCUUGAAUCACUUUCAUCUUUUUUGAUUGAUUCUACACUUUAUUGGGGGCGAGGGCGUUCUCCUAACUGGGACUUUUUGACGGCGUUGCCUGUCGAAGCUCUUAUACCCAACCCCUCCCCUCCCCUCCCAACCUGGAGCAUACACCUGCUGCUCAAACCGGCAUUUUUAUGGAACCAAAAAAACGGUAUUGUGUCACCGAUGAAGUCUCCUUGAGUAUUAUACAAGGAUUGAACUAGAGCCAAGAUAUGUCUGCACAUUCCGGACAGCCGUUCCAGACCACUGGCUUCCAGACCUCAAUCGAUAUCGCCCGCCACCAGUCCUAUAAUGUAGUUCCGUUGGCAGGGCAGAAACGACAACCUAGUCGCUCUCCCGAUCAGAAUAUUUAUCCUCUGAACCCGAAGAAUUCUAGCUAUUCUGUGACUGACAACUCUAGCUCGAAAGAUGGUCGGAAGCUGGAUUUCAUCCGUCCGUCCGUAACCCUUCCAAAGAGCGGCUUGGUUGCCAGCGAGAUUUGUUUUAUGAAUACCCUUGCCCAAGAGGCGAGUAGACGGCCACCAGAAGAAGAUGCUACGCCUCAGGAGUCUACCCAUGGUCUCCCAUCUUUAACGGACCCUAGGUUCGGACUUCCUUCUUCUUUGGUGGCCAACUUCGCAGCCGUUGGCGUUACCAACAUCUACCAGUGGCAGGCAUCAUGUUUACUGGGCCCCGGCCUUCUCGAGGGGAAGCGUCAUUUGAUUUAUACCGCUCCCACAGGCGGUGGGAAAUCCCUCGUAGCAGAUGUUUUGAUGCUGAAGCGUAUUAUUGAGAAUCCAUCACGUAAAGCAAUUCUUGUUCUACCGUAUGUGGCGUUAGUCCAAGAGAAGCUGAAAUGGUUACGACGCAUCGUUCAAGAUGUCGAAAAGUAUAUUGAUGACGAUAAUGAUACCCCCGCGGGUCCGGGCCACCCGCGCUGGAAGAGACUGCAAAAGUCCAUCCAGGUUACUGGCUUUUUUGGUGGGAGCAAAACCACUGCCUCCUGGGCCGAUACAGACAUUGCUGUUUGCACAAUAGAGAAGGCAAACUCCCUAAUCAAUGCGGCCAUUGAGGAAUGUAGUAUUGGAGAUUUGGGGGUAGUCGUGCUCGACGAACUACACAUGCUUGAUGAUGAGCAUCGUGGAUAUCUGUUGGAGUUGAUGGUCACCAAAUUGCUUUUGCUGCAGCAAGAUAUUCAAAUUGUUGGAAUGAGUGCCACUAUUUCAAAUACCGAGCUGCUGGCGGAAUGGACAAAUGCGAAUUACUUCAUUUCGACCUAUCGUCCCGUUCCUGUUGACGAGUACCUGGUCUACAAUGAUGCUAUCUACCCGGCGGCAACUUCGCGACAGCUUUUCCAGACAAUUUCCAAACUGACAGCAACGGCGGUUACGCCUCCCAGCGAUACUUUGCCUCCUCACGGUAUAGUUAAACGUUCAAUUUUCAAACAGCUUGCAAAUCCAACGACAAACGCAAUGGUAGCGCUAUCUGUGGACACUGUGACAGCAGGGUAUGGCGCAUUGGUAUUCUGUGGGAGCCGACACGCUUGUCAAAUUUUUGCUGCACUCAUCAGUGAGGCAAUGCCAGAUCCGUCCACGAUGAGUAUAGACGAGGUGAACAAAAGACUCGACCUUUCGGCAGAGCUACGUAGCCUGCCCAGUGGACUUGACCCAGCCCUAGAAACGCCGCUUAUUAAAGGCGUUGGCUUUCAUCAUGCCGGGAUGACGACGGAAGAACGCGAAGCGAUCGCGCAAGCGUAUAACCAGGGAAUAUUGAAAGUCCUCGUUGCCACUUGCAGUCUAGCUGCCGGUGUCAACUUGCCUGCGAGAAGGGUUAUUAUAAACGGAGCUCGUAUGGGCCGAGAUUUGGUCGGCCCAGCAAUGCUGCGACAAAUGUGUGGGAGGGCUGGUCGGAAGGGAAAAGACGAUGCAGGCGAAACUUACCUUAUCUGUGGAAGCUCCGACCUUCAGGCUGUGUGUGACCUCUUGGAGGCAGAUAUGCCAGCUAUUGAAAGUUGUUUGGCCCCGGAAAAGCGAGGUCUCAAAAGAGCGCUUCUGGAGGCGAUCGCCACGGGGCUCGUUUCGGGCUACGAAGCAAUAAAGGAAUACGUCAAAUGUACUCUCCUCUACCGCACAGUCGACAAAAAGCUCUCUUACAGUAUUAUGAACUCCGCACUUCAGGAACUAGUCGACGAGAACCUCUUGCAUUCCAACGACGAGGAAUCAUACGUGGCAACCCAACUUGGACAAGCUAUAGUUUCCUCUGCAUUCGCACCGGAGGAUGGUCUUUUUGUAUACGAAGAACUGAAGCGGGCACUUCAAGCUUUCGUAAUGGACGGUGAUAUGCAUAUUUUCUACAUGUUCACUCCUCUCCAAGUUGGGGCGACAACCCAAAUCGAUUGGCCAAUUUUUAGGGAUCAAUUGGACAGCCUUGAUGAAAGUGGACUGCGUGCCUUGCAAUUUGUUGGUGUCCAGCCUGGCUUUGUAAACACGAUGGUGCAAAGCGGCGCGUCAUUAAAGGAAAACACCCCGGAGGAAGUGACCCGGGCUAGGAUAUAUCGACGUGCCUACACUGCUUUCCAGCUUCGUGAUCUGAGCAAUGAAGUUCCAUUGCAGGCAAUUGCGAAUCGCUACCGAAUCCCGCGUGGAGCCGUCCAGAGCUUGGCUCAGCAGUGUCACGGAUUCGCUGCGGGGAUCGUCAAGUUUUGCCAACGCAUGGGUUGGGGGAUGCUCGCUGCAGUUCUAGAUCAUAUGAGGGAUCGACUGGAGGCUGGGGCCCGUGCUGACCUUUUAGAGAUGGCUCAAGUGGCCUAUGUCAAGGGCUGGACUGCGCGGUUGCUCCGGGACAAUGGGUUUCGCAAUCUAAGAGCAUUGGCCGAGGCUGAUCCAAAGGAUAUCGUGCCUGUACUCAUGAUGGCCAACUCGCGCAAAACCCAGCGGAAUCAACUUCACCCGGCUGAAGCUGAGCGGUAUCUUAAAAAGCUGCGGGCCAAAGCUGAGGUCAUUGUCGCAUCUGCUAAUAGAAUCUGGGAGCGUGAGAUGCAGGUUGAAUUAGAGGAAUAGAAUCGCACUAUUUCAGAUUUUCAUUCCUGGACCAGAGGUGCCCUAGGAGGUAUUUUGCGCUUAAAUACAUUGCAUAGGUUGACUUACUUUGUAUUAUUUUGACGAAUGCGAGAUCUCAAUAUAUCGAGUAGCGACCUAUACAGAGGAUAUAUUAUUAUAUAUACCCCUGUUGAUUUUAGAACAGGGAAACUAGAUAAUCCGAAGAGACGAUAUCAUGUUC